AUGUUCGCGAUCAUAGCCUUCGUCACUAGCAUCUUCCUGAGCACACGAACUGACAAGAUCUAUGGGCGCAACGUCUGGCCAGCUAAAGGCAAAACUUGGCCUACCUACAUGCUGCUUACAGCAUCGUUCAUUACGCUUGCGAUCGAGAUUUUCAUGUUAUACUCCGUCUGGGUCCGCUUCAGUCGAGCGGAGAGAAACUGGAGAUUGGUGCUGGUGGAACAUCUAGUACAUUUCUCAACGUGGCUGGUCGUCGCGUUCCUCUAUCGAUACGAAAAGAGACUGAAGGAUAUUUGGGGCUGGUCCUGCUCUGAUAUUGCGAAGCUGUUACAAAAGGACCUUAAUGGUUCGGUGGAUUUUAACAAGUUAUGCAGUCUUCAGGGAGUCUCGUGGAUAUUCUCAAUCAUGGAGACAGUGGCUAAGGUGCUUUUUGCGAUUUUGUACUUCAUACUGUACCGGAGGGCGAAGGCAGUAGACUCAAAGCUAAGGCUCGCGGAUAGCUUUGGCGAGGGAGUUGGUCAGCUUCUCCAGGCAACAAUUUGA